CCUAGAGCAACAGGAAAUGACUUAGGGAAAGUCCCAACCACAGCCCCUCCAGCCCCCUGCCUGUAAACACCCCACCCGCACCCUGCAGGCUGGGGGGCCCCUCCCGAGCGACCGACUUCCCUUUGCAGAACCUAACGGGUGCCGCGUCUUCACCCCGCGCCACCAUCACCUCCCAGAGCCAUGUUCCAGGCUGCCGGAGCUGCCCAGGCCACCCCCUCGCAUGAAGCCAAAGGCAGUGGUGGCAGCAGCACUGUUCAGCGCUCCAAGUCCUUCAGCAUCCGGGCCCAGGUGAAGGAGACCUGUGCUGCCUGCCAGAAGACUGUGUACCCCAUGGAGCGGCUGGUGGCCGACAAGCUCAUCUUUCACAGCUCUUGCUUCUGCUGCAAGCACUGUCACACCAAGCUGAGCCUGGGCAGCUAUGCGGCGCUGCACGGGGAAUUUUACUGCAAACCCCACUUUCAGCAGCUGUUUAAGAGCAAAGGCAACUACGAUGAGGGUUUCGGCCGGAAGCAGCACAAGGAGCUCUGGGCCCACAAGGAGGUGGACCCCGGCACCAAGACAGCCUGAUGCCCCUGACCCCACUCCCUUCCCGUUCCAGGCAGGGAAGGGCGGGGAAGAAAUUGGACCUGGGCUCUGAAGGGAGGGCAGGGUGGGGAGGGACGAGGCUGUGAGCUCCGGAGGCUGGAGGCCAGGGGUUGCGGGGCCAGGUCCUGCCUGCUCCUCGACUCCCUCGCCCCCUUGGUGGGUGGGGGUUUGGGAAACAGGAUGGGGGUUUGCUCCACCCUGCUUCCUGCUUCUUUCAGUCUACCCCACCUCAGCCCACGGUCCCCUGGGAGGCCCCCAAGCCCAGCUUCCCUACCUAGGUGCCUUUUCUCCAGCAAGGAGUCAGCAUGCCCCCCUCAGGGUCCCACGCUCCCUCACUGCCACCCGGUGCCCUAGGUGGCCCCCACGUCUCCCCAUCUACCUCUGCCCUUAGCCUGGUCCUGAGCCACGGAGACUGGAGGAGGGAGGGCCGGCUGGGGGGGCCGUGGGGGAGGGGAGGAGGAAGUGACCGGCCCUGCUGCACCCGCCUGCUGCCUGCUCCCUGCCCCCCACCGCCCAGUGUGAUUGGGACCAUCUCACACCACUGGAGUCAAGAAGCAAGAAGCAGAAGCUAAAGCACCGCCAGGCUGAGUGCCACAGAGACUGGUAGGGGGCUGGCAGCCGCCAUGUUCCCCGCUUCUCCCUUCUUUCUGCCAGUUCUGACUGUUGUGAUGAACCCUAUUUUAAAUGUUUCAACAGACCCUGA